AUGGAGAGGGAUCUACUCGAGCUGUAUCAGUUGAAGCGCUCUUCAGGAUACGGCUCUGGCAUCGAGGACUUCCGAAGUUUCCUCAACUAUCAAGCACGGCUGGAAAGGUUGGACAAGACAGGCGCACUCUCACCUUCGCCAUCACUUGUCGAUUUGCAUUCCAAGGCGCGACAAGAUGAAGGGCGUAGGCAUUCUUAUCCUGAUCAUGUCGAUCUCGAUUUUCUCCAACGAGCCAUCCAAAAGGCUCAAGAUGCACUCAAAGGGCCGAAGCCUCCGAAGCCUUUCUCCCCGUCCCUGGACAUGCUGCACACCCGCUGGCGAAAGGCGGAUCAAGAAAUCGAGGAACGCAUCCACCCGACCCGCAAGCCCUUACCUGCCUCUCUUCCACCCGCAGAGGAUGCUGAAGUCGAUGCCCUGUUCCGCCGACAAGGUACCAUUGCGAAGUGCGGGCGCGAACAGGUCUCGAAUGCAGAUAUCUUGCGCCUGCGGCCGGCCCAAUGGUUGAACGACGAGAUCAUCAACUUCUACGGCCAAAUGAUUCUUGCGCGCGCGGAGUCCUCCAAGGAAAACCCUUCGAAUAGCAAAGUGAACGGCCGCAAUGGACCGAUUAACGCACAUUAUCUCUCGUCGUUCUUCUGGGCGAAGUUGAAGGGGCAGGGAUAUCAGAAGGGAAGGCUUGCGAAGUGGACCAAGCAGGUCGACAUUUUUUCAAAAGAUGUCAUCCUCAUUCCGGUCAAUCACAACAAUGCGCACUGGACGGCCGCUGCUAUCAACUUCCGAAAGAAACGGAUCGAAUCGUAUGACAGCAUGGGCAUGGAGCGGGGACAGGUCUUCAAGAUCCUCCGACAGUAUCUCGACGACGAACACCGCGAUAAGAAAAAGAAGCCGUUUGACUUCACUGGAUGGACGGACUACGUUCUCCCUGAUACCCCACAACAAGAGAACGGGUAUGAUUGCGGCGUCUUCACCUGCCAAUUCCUUGAAUCCCUGUCCCGCGGGGAGGAAACGUUUGACUUCACUCAGAAGAAUAUGCCCUACCUCAGGCGAAAAAUGGUCUGGGAGAUCGGCGGCACCAGGCUACGGGAAGAGCCCUAA